AUGGCAGAAGAGCCAGAGCCAGACCUCGGGGUGGCCGAGGGCUCAGAGGAGCAGGCCAUGGAGAUGCCGAGCUGGAAGGCUCCAGAGGACAUAGACCCUCAGCCAGGAAGUUAUGAGAUCCGACACUACGGACCAGCUAAGUGGGUCAGCACUUGCGUGGAGUCUCUGGACUGGGAUUCAGCCAUCCAGACUGGUUUCACAAAGUUGAAUGGCUACAUUCAAGGCAAAAAUGAUAAAGAGAUGAAAAUCAAACUGACAGCUCCGGUGACGAGCUUCGUGGAGCCCGGCUCAGGUCCUUUUAGUGAGUCUACCAUUACCAUUUCCCUGUAUAUCCCCUCUGAGCAGCAACAUGAUCCACCCAGGCCUUCGGAGUCAGAUGUCUUCAUUGAAGAUAGAGCUGAAAUGACUGUGUUUGUGCGGUCUUUCGAUGGAUUCUCCAGUGGCCAAAAGAAUCAAGAGCAACUUUUGACCUUGGCUAACAUUCUGAGGGAAGAAGGAAAAGUCUUCAAUGAGAAGGUCUUUUACACCGCAGGCUACAGCAGUCCUUUCCGGUUACUUGACAGAAAUAACGAAGUGUGGCUGAUUCAGAGAAACGAGCCCUCCGACGAAGACAAGUAAGGAAAGGAAGAUCACUGGCAGGGGCAGACCUUCUGCUGAGCCCAGUCAUUGACAGCGCUCCUAGGUGACGCAUGUGGUGUCCUUGGCUUGAGCUACCACUGUACACCAUGCUUAUUCCCAGUGUGCCUUUGUAAGUAGCUUUAUUUAGAUACAGGGUAUAAACACAUACCCGGAAAUGGGUCAUAACUCAGGUGGCCUCUAUUUCCGAGAGGAUCCGAGACAAUGCGUGGCAUUUCCCUCUCAUUGGCCCUAGCACUGUUGUCUUGCCUCUCUACUUGGACUUAGGGCAUUUGAAUGCUCUCCCUUCCUUAUAAUAGCAGCGAAAAUGUUAAAAAUGUACUCUGUGUGGAAGUAAAAUUAUGUUGGCUACAAAAAUAA